GGACACCUUUGCUAUGGUUUGCCUUCAAUUAAACCUGCAAUUUCUUGAACAGUACUUCCCUUCCCUCGUAUCAAUAUAUUUCUUCUAUCUACAAAAACCCACAUACUAUCUAUAGCUUUGUUCCCACACAAAAUAGCUUUCUAGCUAACCAAAUCCCCACACAAACAUAAACACCUGAUCUCUUAUAGUUGACUCCAUGGAGAAGAUGAUGAAGAAGCCACAGUACUCAUCAUGUAAUCCAAGUUCAGCUUCUUCUAAACUGGGCAUUCACAAAGAUUCACAUAAAAUAUCGAAGACGGCGUCCAAGCCAAAGAUUCGCAUAAUCCACGUAUGUGCACCUGAAAUCAUAAAGACAGAUGUGGCCAACUUUCGGGAACUGGUGCAGAAUCUCACUGGAAAACCUGCAGCAGCACCGGAAGUAGUAAAUGGUAGUAGGAAGAAAACAAUAAGAUGUUCUACUUAUUCAUCACCAAGCGGGAAAAUAUUGGAAUUGCAAAAUGAUGGAGAUCGGAGUGUAAAGGAGGAAAUACAAAACUACACGUGGAGAUCAUCAUCAUCAUCAUCAGGUGAUCAUCAUCCAGAGAAGAUAAAUAGUUUCUUGGAUGGUUUCUCAGAUUUGGAUGGCUUUAUUGAAGAUUUAAGUACUGAAUUUCCUUCUCUUCAUUCAUCAAGCUCUUCCGCUCCAUCCCCUUGGAUGCAUUUGGAGAUGCAUGAUCAGUAG